GGCACCGUAGUUCCGCGUCGCUCCGGCCUCCUGGCCGCUUCCCGGCGGCCUCUGCGGCAGCGGUUGCCAGGAGAGAGUUUGAACAGCGUCCCGGUGGGUCUCGGCGCGGGCCUGGGUUGUCCUUUCUUCCACAGCGGCAGCGGGCAGGGCGGCCACGGGGCUGAUCCUUCCCGCCCGCGCCGGGUACUGAGGUCGGUGCGUACGGGUGGGGGGGCGGCUGAGAGAAGGAGGCGCCGCAGGGGAGCGUCUAAAACCUGCGGGCGACCGGGCUGCGAGUUGUGUGAGACCGAAAGAGAGAGGCGCGUGCGUCUGGGCUAAGGAGCAAUGUCUGUAGUUUGGUGGCGAUAGAAGGUUUUAACAGCGUUACAUGUUGGAUCUGGCUUAAAUGACGGUGAAGGCGACAUAGUUGUCUGGCAGUCUGUACAUAAUGCUUUUGUUUUAUAUCCUUCUCUGAGAAUAUGUUUAGCUAUGAGCAUGACCUUGGUCUGUUUUCCUUUGGCCUUUUUUUGUGCUGGCCCGGCUGCCUCGAGCACUGCCUUAGGCUAUCUUGCUAAUAUUUUUUCUUAUUGGUGCAGUUUGCUACUUCUCUUUUAGAUAAGUCAUAGUUCUGUGGCAGUCUUCCUAUGGUUCAUAGUGUGAGCCAGUAAUGGUACUCCUCAUUUCUCGAUGGGAGUGUGUAAGAGAAGGAUAUAAAUUGUAAAUUUUUCUUUGGUGGGGGAUUAUUCUCUUCAUUUUGGGGAGGUACCUCCUAUGUGAGAAACCAUGAUGCAUUUUCCAUUUCUACAUGCCACCUCGGGUUAGUUUUCCAUCUGUUACUCAUCUCAGUUCUGGAAUUACUUUUGAGAGACAGAAGUAAUGUAUGAUUUUUCUUAUGUUCAUAGUUGCAAUUGUAAGCGAAGGACAAACAAUUACAUUUUUAACAUCAAGCCAAUGUGAUGGGAACAAGCAAGCCAAUUAUGUCUGAUGCUAAAUUUGCAUUCACUACCCAGCUGCACGGGACGAAAGGAAAGGUUUUACAAACACAGCUCCAGUUUAACAGAAAUAUUCCUGCAGUUCCAGAGAACUUGGCUCUCAGAUUCUCUAGCCCCUGUCCAAUUAUCAUAGAAAAAUUAAAGGCAUCUAAUGAUCAGAGAAAUCUAGCUGGAAGUGAGGAUUCCAGCAUAAGAAGCUCUGGCAUGUUUUCAGUGGUCUCUGAAGAAAGACUAAAAUUGGCUAUUCAGCUAGCCAAAAGAGACAUAAAACAAAGACAUCUUGAAGAGCAAGUGAAACAGCAAGCAUUUGGAGAUGGUGUCAAUAAACCAUUCUUGGCCCAGAAAUCACAACAGCAAAAGACUGAAGCAUUUAAAAGUUCAGAAAAUAAAAAUACACCAAAGUCUCAAACUCACUUGAAAUAUCAUCAGAAACUCAGUCAGCCUUACAAAGUGGAGAGUACAACCUCUGGUGCUAAAGUUUACUUCUACACACCAAAUGAAGUAAGGCUAAUACCAGCUGAUUUGGACUCUCCACCCACCUGUGACACAGUACUGGACCCCAAGCCAAAUGUAAACAAAAAAGAAGAACAUAAAAACAUACAGGAAGUCCAUCGUCUGCAAAAGGAAUUGAGGCUCUAUGUCCAGAAAAUUGAGGAGCUGACAAAAAAAGGGAGAGAGAGAGAAAUUUUAGAUCCUGAUAAAGAGCAACAAGUUCGCACUAGAAGACAGAAACAAGCUGCACGGUCAGCUCGGAUGCUGUAUGUACUCCAGCAACAGGUAAAAGAAAUUCAGGAUGAUUUACAGAAACUGAGUGCUCAUAACAUCAAACAUACUAAAAAGUCUCAAGCAAUAUCCAGGUUGGCAGCGGCACACAGAGGAGCUGUACGAGCCUUGCAGGCAUUUGCCAAUCAAUUUAGAGAUCAAACAGAGGAGCAGAUUCCUACCCAUUACAAGGAACUGAGCAGUCUCAUUCGACAGCUGUCUCUCUGUUCUGCCAAACUAGAAGUGGAUUCUUCCAUUUCUGACGUUAUCAUAGAUAUUUUAUUGCAAGUUGAGAAUCUGGAGUCCCUACUGGAGAAGCAGCAAACACCUGAAAAAGUGAAGAAAUGUAUUUCAGCAUCUAAGAGCAAAUCUCCAAAGAACACUGAGACAUUUCCAUCCAGAAGACAGCUUACAUCUCCAAAAGGGGAAAACAAACUUCUCAUCUUAAAAGGACAGCAGAGACAAGAACGUAGAAAAUCUGCACCUGCCAGGGGUCUCUUGACUGUUCAGAAGGCAAACAGUUGUGCUCCUAUAUUGCACAGUAAAUUCCGAGAAGAACACGACCCCUCUACUCCAGAGAGAAAUGCUACUUUACAGGAAAGCCUAGGUGCAUUGCUGAGAGCUAGAGCUGUAAAAAAACAUCUCAUCCUUGAAAAUAGCUCUUUGAAGAAGAAAGGCAUGUUAUUACCUACAAAAUCACAGGGAAUGGCGAAAUCUCUAAAAUCAAGACAGCCUCAAGGAAAGCAUGCCCGAUUUCAAGAGACAACUAUAGCUUUCCAGCUAAAACAGAACAAACGACUUGUUAAGGAAAGCAAAGUGCCCUGGGUGCCUCCAAACCCUACACCUCCAUCAGUUUCACCUAAGCGACUAGCAUCUCUUGAAGCAGAAACUUCAAGAAGAGGAAAGGUACUAACCGAACUUAGCAGAGGAGAAAUGAAAACAAUACAAAAGUUAAGGUCACAAAGUGCUUCUCCAACCCAGCGUGCAGACAAAGUUGAGAAUGCAGUACGGGACCACUUAGAAGCUCUAGUAGAUAGAACCCAGCAGGUUGCAGCAAAUGCAGAUAUUCUGAGUGAAAAACCAAUGGAUGAUCUUUUGGAAGACACUGCUCAAAAGCUGUGGAGCAUGGAGCAGCAUGUGAGACUCCAGACCGAGGCUCUGCCUAUGGUUGACACUCAUAAACUGGAGUCAAUGUUGCAGAGAAUGGAAGAAAUUGAAAGAUACCAGGAGGCUGUACGCAGGAGAUUCACACAGAUUGCAUACAGCGAUUCAGAGUUACAGGCCCAGGAAGACAAAAUGGAAGAACAAGUAGCUUCAAUAGCUAUGAGACCUACAUCUCCUCAACCAAUUCAGAUAACCAAAUUAAUUGGAUGCUCAGAGCCAGAAAUGGACGUGUUAUCUGAAAAACUUUUUGAUGGCAAUGAUAUUGAUGAAAACAAAAAAGCAGAGGAGAAAUUGCAGACUGGAAAUAGCAUUCUACAGCCCUUGACUCAGAAUUCUCUACAGAAAGAGUGUUGUGUGUCUCUUUCUCUGCCAAAGCAUAUGCUCCAGAGCAUCCUGGAUUAUAACAGAAGAUACCAGCAUCACUUAAAGCUUAUUUCCCAUGAGGCAGUAGGCAGUUUUAAUCCAUGGCAGAUUGCUGAGAGCCUUGCAGAGCAACUAACAGAAGAAGCCCUACAUGAAGUAGCAGCAGAGCUGCAGGAUGUUUGUGAGGAUUAUGCAGAAGCCGUGUUCACAUCAGAGUUUUUGCAGCCAGUGCAGUAAAUGUUUCCAAAUCUGCCCAUUUUAUCAAAUGCACUGUCAGCCUUGGUCUAACAGUCUUAUCAUAUGAUCUUGUUUUUCAUGGAUUUUCUAAAAACCUGUGAGAUCCUGUUCACCGAAAGAAUUAAGUUGAUCAAGGAUUCAUCACAGGUUUUUAUAAAAACACUGUCAUAAAGUUUUCCUUUUCAGACUAUCAUACUGCAUUUAUCAGGACUUUUUUUUUAGACAGUGUAUUUAUCAGGACUUUUUUUUUUAGACAGUGUUUAAACAGAGUGAAAUAAACUGUUACAGGGGAAGUUUAUAUAUCUUGAUAGGAAUACUGAUCCAUUUUAUACCUGUAUUACUUCAUUUUUAUAUGUGAUUUUACAAGAAAAAAUAUAGGGAAGAGGACUAGGUUCAAACAGUGUCAGGGACUUAACUGUACUGUGCCUCUGGUUUAAAACUGAGAGAAUCUGACUGACCUACCUCUUAAGGGAGCUUUGGGUUUUAGCUUAUUCUUCUCAGUAAAAUUCAUUGAAUGUGUCUGAUACUUGUGUCAAAGAGUUCUUCCAAAGGAAGAAUUCUCGUGGCACAGCAUUAAGUAGAUGCAAAUGCUUAGCAUUGCCUGUACUCACAGGACAACUGCCUGCUUGGAUUCUUGCAAUUGACUUUUGAAUGUAGUACAAUGUCUGUUGGUUCCCAAAUAUCAGUAGCAUAUUAGGCACAGACAAAUGAGACCUUUCAAUGGAAGCACAUCAUGGAGAUUUUCUUCCAUUUUUUCUUAAACUAGUUUAAAAUACUGUAAUUUUAUCAGCAUUUAGUGAUCCAACCCCAUAUUCCUUACUCCUAAGACUCCUGUUGAAAUCAAGAACAAUGAAAUAAAUGAACUGUUGGCAUUUCUGCAA